UAAAAUCACCACGUGCGACAGAGCGUUUUCCCGGUUGAUCCGUGUUUUCUGCGGCACCGCGUUCUUUCCACAAUCGCACUUUCGUGCUGCCCUUCCCAGAACUCUUUUCCCCGCGCCUGGUUCUCGCGCUUCUACGAAACCUGGCGAACAUCUUUUUCCCGUUUUCGUUCGACCCUCCGCGAGAGCGUAGGGACCGCGCUGGCUUGUCUUCGCCUUUUCUCCUGUUUCCCCGUUCUCUUGUCUCCCCGUUCCUCAUUCCGGUCUCCCUUCGUCGGCCCUUUUCUUGCGUUCUCUGCAGGCGACAAACUCCUCCCCCUGUCCGUCGCGCGUUCCAGUUCCCAGACUUUUUCGGGGGUUUCUCUCGGGAAUCGCCUUUUCGCAGCCAGUCGCUCUCUCCAGAACUCCCACCGUGCGCCCGCCCCAUCUACACAGCCCAGGGCGCUCCCGUCCGUCCUAGUUUCUCUGCAUUUUUCUGCCUCCGCUCCGUUCGUUCUGCGGACGGUCCCGCCCCUCGCGUUCCCCGUGAAUUUGUAGAGGGAAACGCCCGCCUUUGCAGCCCGGGAUCAUCUGCCCUUGAGAGGAGGAACGCGUGGUUUGCGUCGGCUGCCGACUCGUGUGCGGAACCGUGACUAUCUGAGCACGGAGACUUCUCCGAGCGCCGACGAUCUGAGAGAGAAACUCGCCGUUCCACGUUUUUGUCAGAACGCGAUCUGUUUUUCGGUGGCGCGCGUUGUCUCUGUUUCGCGGCCUCUCCCGAACUGACUCCGCGGGGAAGGUCAAACUCUUUUCUUGUUUCCGGUAAACAGUCCCCAGUCGCCUAGGACCUGGCCUUUCCGCUUCCACCGCGUCUCUGCGCGUUCCUUCCUGGAGAAAAAGACUUGCGACUUCAGAGCCUCUGAGUUCUCUCCGGUUUUUUGCUGUCCUUUUGGCGGCUCAACGCCCUGCAGGCUUCAUGCCGUUUCGCCUGUCUCGCGGAACCCAAGCGUUGAGCGCCACUCGCAUCAGCUUCCACCGAACCUUUUGUUCCCCCGUCUCUUCCCCGUCAGCAAACUCGUCGUUUCUCUGAAGUCAGUUCUCCCGCCUGGGUGUUCUUCAGUUCGUCCGCCGCCGUUCUCUUUUCGGAACGGUCUCUGUCUCCCGCCUGACAUCUUCCGUCGCAGUCUCCUCUCCGCGCUCUCCUCCCGCUCCGCGCCUCAGACGGUGUCUGUGUACACCCUGCAUCUGCGUGAUCACCGCCGAGCGAGAGUUCCUCGGACGUCUCCGCGCUUUCAAAGGCUGCGCGAAGAUGGGAGCGUAUCUGGCGAAACCUAAGACCCAGAAGGUCUCGGAAGAAGGUGGAGAAGAGGGUCGCACGAUCACCUGCUUCGGUGCCGCCUCGAUGCAGGGAUGGCGACAGACGAUGGAAGACGCUCACAUCGCGACGCCGUCUCUUCGGACUGCUUCGCCUGCGGCCGCCAAGACUCUCGAGGAACUUGCACAGUCCGGGUCUCGAGAAAGCAAAGAGGCGCUGCCGGCUUUCGCGCAAGACAUGUCGCUUUACGCCGUUUUCGACGGCCAUGCGAGCAACGCCGUCAGCUGCUGGGUUUCAGAUCACUACACCAAGGUGUUUCUGGAUCGUCUGGAGCAAAUCGAAGCAGACGCGAAGAAAGGCGUCUCUCCGGCAGGUCUCGCCGAGUCGCUGUCUCGACAACUGCCGGAUGAAAGCAUCUUCAGCCUGAGAAACGCCGUCCUCUGCGAGGCACUCCAGCAAAGUUUCCUCGACGUCGACGAACAGAUGAAGAGAGAGGAUAAUCGACAGGAACUAAAGAAGUACUUUGAACAGGGCCAACUGGAGCAGCGCGACAACGAAACGUACAUCCAGAGGUACUUGAACGACGGAGGCGACGUGCGUCUAGUCGAGAUGGACGGGCAAAAGUACCUCCAGUUUGUGCCGCGAACCAGUGAAGACGAAGAGGACGGGGAAGGCGCCUCUCGCGAGAAAGCAGAGGGAGACGGACAGGACGAGACAGAGAAGGAAGCAGCGGCGAAGGAAGAGGCGUCUGGGGCUGUCAACGGAGAGGAGAAGAGAACUGCUGAGGCAGAGACAGUUAAGCUGACGCGUCUGAACAGCACGAAGAUCGAAGAGGAAGACUCGGAGAAGAAGCCUGAGAGCGAGGAAGAGAAGGACACAGAGAAAGAGAAAGAAGAGGAAACCGAGAAAGAGGAAGAAGACAAAGCUGGAGAACGGCCGCUGUUUGCCCAUCCGAGCACCCCAGAAGGCUCCGGUGCCACCGCCGUCGUCGUCCUCGUCGUCGGCGGAGAAGACCCUGUCAUUAUCACUGCAAAUGCCGGAGACUCCAGAGGUGUCAUCUGCCGAGGUGGAAAGGCGUUCCCACUGUCCCAUGACCACAAGCCGACGAAUCCCGACGAGAAGAAGAGAAUCGUUGCAGCAGGCGGCUACGUGACGAACGGCCGCGUCGAUGGAAACCUGAACUUGUCUCGAGCUGUGGGAGACCUUUUUUACAAACAGACGAAAGAGUUGCCUGCCAAGGCGCAACGCAUCACUGCCUUCCCCGACGUUCGCAUCACGAGAAUUACUCCUGAGGACGAGUUCGUCAUCAUCGCGUGCGACGGCAUCUGGGAUGGGAAGAGUAACCAGGAAGCAGUGGACUUUGUCCGCGAGAAGUUGCAAGCCGCAGGAAACGUGACUUCCGCGACUCUGAAGCAAGUCUGCGAAGAUCUCUGCGACGAGUGCCUCGCAGAAGACCCCCUCCAGUCAGAAGGUCACGGGUGCGACAACAUGACUUGCCUGAUCGUCGAGCUCUCGUCCUGUCUGAAGAGCGCGGCGACGGCGACGGCCGAUGCACGCAUCACUUUGUACGGAGGAUGCGAAGACAAGUAUCUGGGGCGCGACGAGAACCAGUUCGAGUCGGACAACGACGAGUGA